AUGGCUUGGCCCCUUUUUAGAACCACGGGAGCUUUGACUAUAUUAUUGGUUGUCAUAGUGGUUCAUGGAGAACUGAAAAUAGAGAUAAAUGGACAACAUGAGGAAGAUGAGACUGUUGUACACCAAGCCAAAAGAAGAUACAAACGUGAAUGGGUGAAAUUUGCAAAACCCUGCAGAGAAAGAGAAGACAACUCCAAAAGAAACCCAAUCGCAAAAAUUUCUUCAGAUAUCCAAGCAACCCAGAAAGUUUUCUACCGAAUUUCUGGAAUGGGAAUUGAUCAACCCCCUCUGGGGAUAUUCAUUGUUGACAAGAACACUGGAGAAAUUAAUAUAACAUCCAUUGUUGACCGAGAAGAGACCCCAAGCUUCCAGAUCACAUGUCAUGCUGAAAAUCUCCAAGGGCAAGCUGUAGAAAGACCACUUAUACUAACAGUCAAAAUUUUAGAUGUCAAUGACAAUCCUCCAGUAUUUUCCCAAAGAGUAUUCAUGGGUGAAGUUGAAGAAAACAGUGCCACAAACACACUGGUGAUGAUCCUAAAUGCCACAGAUGCUGAUGAACCAAACCAUUUGAAUUCUAAAAUUGCCUUCAAAAUCGUCUCUCAGGAGCCUUCAGCCACACCCAUGUUCCUCAUAAGCAGACACACUGGAGAAGUCCAUACUUUGACCAGUUCUCUUGAUAGAGAGCAAAUUAGCAGCUUUCAUCUGGUUGUGAGUGGUGCUGAUAGAGAUGGUGAGGGGCUAUCAAGUCAAUGUGAAUGCAACAUUAAAGUGAAAGACGUCAAUGAUAAUUUCCCAGUGUUCAAAGAAUCACAGUAUUUUGCACGUAUUGAGGAAAAUACUUUAAGUUCUGAGUUACUUCGAUUUCAAGUAACGGAUUGGGAUGAAGAAUUCACAGAUAAUUGGCUUGCAGAAUACUUUUUUACCUCUGGAAAUGAAGGAAAUUGGUUUGAGAUUCAAACCGACCCUAGAACUAAUGAGGGCAUCCUGAGAGUGGUGAAGGCUCUAGAUUAUGAACAGCUACAAAAACUACAGCUCGGUAUUGCAGUCAAAAACAAAGCUGAAUUUCACCAAUCAGUAAUCUCUCAAUAUCGAGUCCACUCAACACCUGUCACAAUUCAAAUAAUCAAUGUAAAGGAAGGUAUUAAAUUUAAUCCACCUUACAAGACAUUUACAGUCCAGAAAGGUAUAAGUAGUAAAAAACUGAUGAAUUAUAUCCUGGGAAUGUAUCAAGCCAUUGAUGAAGACACUGGCAAAGCUUCUUCAUCUGUCAGAUAUGUCAUGGGACGUAAUGAUGGUGGUUUGCUAACGAUUGAUUCAAAAACUGGUCAAAUCAAAUUUAUCAAAAACAUCGAUCGAGAUUCUACUUUCAUAGUUAACAAGACAAUCACAGCUGAGGUUCUAGCCAUAGAUGAUAACACUGGUAGAACUUCCACAGGCACAAUUUAUGUUAAAGUACCUGGUUUCAGUGAAAAUUGCCCAAAAAUUUUCUUUGAAAAGGAAGUCAUCUGCACUUCAUCUCCUUCGGUGAUUGUCUCAGCAAAAGUACAGGACAGAGACAAAUACACUGGACCCUACACAUUUUCACUGGAGGAGCAGCCUGUAAAGCUGCCAGUGGUAUGGAGUAUGACAACACUCAAUGCUACUUCCGCAUUUAUAACAGCCCAGCAACAGAUAGCUCCUGGAACAUACAAAAUCCCGCUUGUAGUUAUGGACAGUCAGGGCCAGUUGUGUGAGAUGCCUGAGAACUUGAACCUGGAAGUCUGCCAAUGUGAUGACAGGGACAUCUGUGGCACUACUUAUCCAAACAAAGACCAUGAUCCCUCAUAUGAAAAGAAGUCCUGGGUAGGACUGGGGCCUGCUGCCAUUGGCCUGAUUUUCCUUGGUCUUUUGAUGUUGCUGUUGGUGCCUCUUUUGCUGCUGACCUGUGACUGUGGGACACAAUCUAUUGGGGGAGGAAUAGGUGGAUUUGUCCCAGUUCCUGAUGGUUCUGAAGGAACAAUUCAUCAGUGGGGAAUUGAAGGAGCCCAACCUGAAGACAAGGAAAUCACAAAUAUCUGUGUGCCACCUGUAACGGCUAAUGGAGCUGAUUUCAUGGACAGCUCUGAAGUUUGUACAAAUACUUAUGCUGGAGGGACAGUAGUUGAAGGGGCUUCAGGGAUGGAACUGACUACCAAGCUUGGAGCAGCAAAUGGUUCUGCGGCCACUGGAGCAUUUGGCACAGCCAUUUGUUCUGCUGGACUGUCUGGAACAAUGAGAACGAGGCACUCCACUGGCGGAAGCAAUAGGGACUAUGCUGAAGGAGCAAUAAGCAUGAAUUUCCUGGACUCCUACUUUUCUCAGAAAGCACUUGCCUGUGCAGAGGAAGAUGAUGGCCAGGAAGCAAAUGACUGUUUGCUGAUCUAUGAUGACGAAGGAAUGGGUGUCCCAAGUUCUCCCGUGGGCUCCCUAGGUUGCUGCAGCUUUAUUGCUGAUGACAUGGAUGACAGCUUUUUGGACUCACUUGGCCCCAAAUUUAAAAAGCUCGCAGAGAUUAUUAGCCUCGGAGUCAGCGCCAAUGAAGUCAAACUAUCUCAGCCACCCACCACAGGAAGUGGUUCUGGGAUUGAGGUCUGCAGUCAUUCUGUGGGGGUCCAGCAGCUAGGAUCUGCAAGGUACCAAACUCAGUCAGGCAGUCAAGGAGCUACCGCUUUGUCCACUUGUGGCCCUAGCCUCCAACCAGCCAUUUCCAUCCCUGACCCUUUGCAGAGUGGUAGCUUUUUGGUAACAGACACUUGCAUGACUUCUGGUUCCCUCAUGCAACCUGCCACUGCAGUCUUUGAUCCACUAAUCACGCAAAAUGUGAUAGUGAGGGAAAGAGUGAUCUGUCCCGUUUCCAAUGUUCCUGGCAAUGUAGUUGGUCCAACAGAUAUACAAGGGUCGUGUAAUAUAAUUUACCCACAAGAUUCUUGUUCCCGUCUGAUAUGA